CUCUCAGCUCCGCAGUGCACUGGCGGACAGCACAGCACGGGACAGGACACACUCGAACACACUCAAACACGCACACACAUACACAGACACACACACACACACACAAAGCAGUGCGCGGGACAGUAGACGGGAUCGACACACACACACACACACACACACACACACACACACACACACACACACACACACACACACACGUAAACACAAACACGGCACGGGAGCGCGCACGGGCGCGCACAGAAGGAGGAGAGCACUCCGGUGCUGAAGUCCCACGCACUGAGCUCGCCUCGUCUUCCACACGGGACUUACUAUGAGCUGCUCACGCCUCGGUGACCGUUAGCUGCUGCGCAUUCAGAGAGGAACGAGGCAGGAAAGCCUUUCAGCCUUACAGCCUUUCAGCCAUGGACACUUUAGCGUGGAUGGUGUUUUGCGCGGCGGUGGCAGUAGCGUGUGGCUCUACAUUAGAAUUUCCCCAGGAAGACGUAUGUGCUUCUGGUCACUACACCAGCGGUGGUGAAUGCUGCAUAGAGUGUCCACCGGGGGAGGGUGUAAUCACCCCGUGUGGAGAUACUCAAACCGAGUGUGGCCAGUGCCUUGACAGUGAGACGUACUCGGACAAAUACAGUUACACGGACAAGUGUCAGACCUGUACAGAGUGCACCGGGCUCAUGCGCAUGGAAACGCCAUGCACUGACUCAAACGAUGCUGCGUGUGUGUGUGAUUAUGGCUACUACAUGAGUGACGUGACGGGUGGCUGCGAGCCGUGCACAGUGUGUCCACGUGGUCAUGGGGUCUACGUGCGCUGUGAGCCUGACCGUGACACGAUAUGUGAGCCGUGUGAGGAUGACACCUACUCAGACCAGGAGAGCUCGCUGGAUCCCUGCUUACCCUGCACCGUCUGCAACGAUGGCUCAGAAGAAUUAGAAACACUGAGGGACUGCUCGCCCAUAGCCGAUGCCUUGUGUUAUGAUCCGCUGGCUCCCACCAUGGCAUCUCCCAGCACUCCUCCUGAGUUGCCGUGGUACGAGCUCAGAAGCCCCGGCCCGGAUGUGGAGAGCACCACGGCUAAGCCAAGCUCACCACGCUUCAUUGGUGGGGGUCUCAAUGAGAAUCUCAUCCCCAUCUACUGCUCCACCCUGGCAGCCGUGCUCAUUGGCCUGCUCGCGUACAUCGUCUUCAAAAGAUGGAACAGCUGCAAGCAGAACAAACAGGCGGCCAACAACCGAGCGGCCACGGCCAAUCAGACAUCUCCGUCUCCGGAAGGAGAGAAGCUCCACAGUGACAGUGGCAUCUCUGUGGACAGCCAGAGCCUUCAGGAGCAGCAGCAGCUGCAGACACAGGCCGAGGCUCACACACAAACCCAAACUCAGCUCCACGUGCCUGAACAGAUCGUGGUAAGGGUGGAUGGAGGGGCUCAGUCGGGCUCUCCGCCAUCACAGGCAUGAAGGGAGCUUCUGAAGGAGGUGACACCAUCAAGCAGAUGAAGGAAAAGAAGUUCCAGUGAGAGCAAAGUGGUGGGAAGAGAGAGGAGGAAAGUGGCAUGCUGUUCUGGUGGUCAUUAGCUAACUGUGACCAUCAGCUCCUAAUAAACCCAGUAUGGACAUUUCCCCGGUGCACUGGGUCCUGUGAGCUUGGAGAUCAGAUGUUUUGGGCCACAAUCUUCACUUCUACAGAAAUGCCAUCAUAUUAUCCACAUGCCCCAAGGUCAACACUUUACAGGCUGAAACCCAGUUCAGAUCAUACCAGCAGCUGUCAUCUGUAAUGACACUUUGAUCUAAAUUGGGCUUCAUAUAGCACUGAUAUCUAACAAAACAGCUCAUUUAACACCAUCACCCAAAUCUAAAUGGCCUUAUAGCAUUCCUCAGUGUAUUUUCAAUGAUGUAUAUGCCAAAAUAUAUGUAUGUAAACCAUGCAUUUGUUCCCCUAACAAACUAAUCCAUACAGUAAGGUAGUCAACUCAAACCAACUGAAGAUCACCAACCCAAGUAAAGCCACUUCAUGUUUUGAAGACACUCUUAGAGCUAAGAAAGCAGGUCUGUUUUUCAGACUGAUUGCAGCCGUUGCCUCCUGCUCCUGAUGAUCUGAUCCCACCAAACUUUCAGAUGAAUAAGAGAUCUAAAUCCGGACCUAUGACCCAUAUAGGCCGUAUAUGGACUCCACAAGAAUGCCUCAAUCGCACUAACCUCCUUUGUUUGGUUUUUGAGUCUUUAUUCUUAAUAUUCUUUAUAUUCUUGACCCCUGGCAAGAAAAAAGCAUGUCUUUGAGGUGUUGGUCAGAUUCCUUCCUUCAAAGUAGUGUAUAGAGAUGUGAAAGGUUGCCCUUUAAAGUCCAGGCCUGUUAGUGGUGCUGUUUUCACCCCUAAUGGUGGUUUGUGAAGUGAAGCUAAUUCUGCAUCAGUGAGUGUAGGCGACAUCUUGAAAAGGUGACAUUUACUGACCUUUACGUUUGUAAUGACUCACAUCUAUACUUAGCACUCUCUCUCUCUCUCUCUCUCUCUCUCUCUCUCUCUCUCUCUCUCUCUCUCUCUCUAAGCAGCUAUCUUUUUCUGACAUACCCACAUACAAUCUUCAUUUCCUCCACACAUACAUACUGUAAGUGCAUUGUAUUCCCUCCGCUAUUACCUCACUUCCACCCAGGUUUAUGUUACAAUGCUGAGUUGUAUGGUUCUCGUUUCACUAAGAGCAAACUAUAGCGGGCCAGUUGGAUGCAAUCCUGCAAUUCUGCACAUCAGAGGGAGUCGGCUUAAUACAUCACUGUUGUAAUUCCCAGGCUCAAUAUUCAGUGAUUCAUCUUCAGACUUCUGUUCGCCAUUUACCUCUCUCAAUUUCACCCCAUGGCUGACUAAAUCAGCUUUGAGAACCGUGGGUAAAUGAUUCAUGCCGUGGUUGGUGAGUAGGCUACAUGUGGUAAACUGGGGUCCAUUAGAUGCUCUAAUGUGGUUGCGCUCCAUAGCCAGCUCAGCAUCAUUGGACUGUGAGUGGUUAUGACUGGCUGUAAGUGCUGUAUCACUGUGCUGGUGGUAAUGCCGUUAAAAAAAAAUUACUUCAAACCAGCACCCUUAAAGGUUCUUCAGGUUCUUUGUCCCUUUUGGGUUCCCCUCAAAUGUUCUAUGUAGAACCCUGCAACAGAAGCUUUCUACAUUAGGUUUUAUUUAGAACCCUGUCUACAUAGUGUUUUCCUAUCAGACAAAUUCCAAUCAGACUAACUGUCUAAUUGGUGGACUGAUUAUAAGUAAAAACUACUAGGCAAUCACAGCAAUGAAAGUGAGCAGACUAUUUUGCUUACUCUUCUUCUUCAAGUGUACUGAUGAAUUGCUGGUUCAUGUUUCAGUUGUAUAGUGCCACCUUGUGUGUGGAUGUCCAAAACAGCUAAUUUAAUUUCAUGUGAACUCUAACAAUAGUUUAGCAGUCUGUGAGUGGGUGAGUGAAUAAAAAUGUCUACACAUACUAUCAAAUUGCUUCAAGUUGACCUGGGGGUGCACCAAUAACAUACAGGAAAGGAAGAGUUCUCAUCAAGAAUGAGCGGUGUGAAAGUGGGCAAACACUCACAACUCACAUACCAUCCACACACCACAACAGAACAACCAAAACCAACCAAUUUUACCCCCCCCCCCCUCCCCCAGGAUUACAUCCUUCCUCCAUUACCCUAAUGAGCGGUAGCGGCAUAGACAUGCAUUGAGCACAUCAACACACAAACACACACACACACACAUAUAUAGUUUUACUGUGUCUACUGCAUGGCUUUGUAGUUUACUCCACAGUCCAGAAUGGGAGCUUGUAAUCUAACGCAUCACUCUCAGGUCACUGGGCACAAACUGAGGAAUGGCGGUGGGAUUCAAACUGCAAUAAAUAACCACUGUAGUAUUGAUCAAACUUUGUUUAAUGAGCACAGUAUUGACACUUUUUUCUAUUUUACUCAGGCUUAUCUAAUGUAAAUAGCUGACAUUAAAAGUACUGCAUACUGAUUCGACUGUACAUUUACUUAUUUCUGUAGCAUUGGGCUUGGAGCAACUGAAAGAUGCCUUCAUGGUCGGAUGUUAGUUGGACAGAACCUGGUGUGUACCAUUGCCUUAUAGCUUUACUCCUUUGUUUUGCUUCAUUUGGCUAAUACGAGCUUUGGCUUUGCGUGAUAAGCUGAAGUCGGUGUUCACCUCCUGUCUGGCAGAGCAAUAGAGAAUGUGUUGUUGCGCAUUAUAGUUCAGAGCCGUCCUCCUCACUCAGCUGGGUGCUUUCCAUUAAAUCAUUCUAUGGAGCGUAUCAUUGGCCUCUGCAGCUAGCCUCUGUGUUGGAGUUUAAUGCGUUUUUAUGGCUCCAUUGCCUCACGCGUGGAGCUCUACUGCACAGUUUUGCUGAAAGCACUCACAGGUGAAAAAGAAAGACAAGUCGCUUUAUUGUUUUUUCCCCUCUUGAUUGAUUUUUCUGUGAACACAUAAGGCAACAGAGGACAGCUGUCAUCUUUGCAUGAACAGAGAAAUGAAAGAGAAGCUCUAAUUUUCCCAGGACAUGAUGUUCCUUCAGUUUAGUCUCCAGAGUACUGAUAUUUUCAUACCAUUAAAAAGGAAUACAAGUGAUUAAGUGGAUAAGAAAGUGUUCCUAGAAUCAUAGUACAGUGAAUAGAAGCUAACAUGGAUUUUCCACUAUGAAUUGCUCCAAGUGUACAAUGAAGCACUUCUAUAUUCAGCAUCUCAGCGUACAGUCUUCACUCAAUAACCAGCUUUUACUUCCAUUUAUCACCCAAGGAUGAGUAUAGAAUGUACACAAGCCUAGUGAUUAAUAUUCAUAUGCAAAAUGUGUUGCGCUAGCUAACUUUGUCCUAUCCUGUGUUUGGUUCUAUUUUUAUCCAGUCCUGUUCUUUUAUAGCAAACAUGGUUUCGUUUCUUGAUAGAAUUACCUUUUCAGAGCAGAAUUUUAUAAAGACAGUUUACUUUUGUAGCACUUAAACUGAUUGAAUUAGUACACUCAAAGAGUAUCCAGCACCAUAAAGUGCCUGUGGACUACGUCAGGUGUCUUUGAGCUACAUUCAUAAAGUUCAAUUUUGCAUCGCUUUGCUCUACUUUUUAUUUUUUUUUCCUUUAUGUCUGGUCUGUAUAAAAUGUAAGUUGUAUGUAUGCUUUCUACAUUUAAAUGGGUCUUUAGUCAAGAGAAGAUGGUCAUGAAGGUUAAAGAACAUUACAUCAUUAUCCAAAUAAAUUUAAUCCGGGUUAUAGUUUAACAGAAGUGGGCUUGAACAUUCACAAGCUACACAUGCUAUAUAUUCUUAGUAUCAUGAAGUAAAAUGCAGAACCUAUCAUCUACUGUCACGUUUCUGUGUUAUUAUUAUAUCAUUCUAUGCAUUUACAGAAUAAUACAACAGUGAUUUAACAAAGAAAUCUUGACUAUGGGUACUGCAUAUCAAAUCAGUGGCAAGUGACAAUACUUGAUGUGAGUUUGUGUUCGGAAAGCCAAAUCUAUGGACACAUCCCUUGAAACCCUGCUUUAGAUGGACACAGAGACACUCUUAAGAGGCAAGAUGCUUAGAUGAAGAUGUCAAGGGUGAUUCUCAAGGGGGAAGCCACUCUAUUAGUCUCUGCUCCCUUAAUGGGGAUGAAUGUUAAUUGUACUUAGCCCAUAUUCUCCAAUGCAUUGUGUAAAUGUGACAAAUUUCACAUAGUUGUUAUGACAGUACACUUAUGUAAAUGACAAAGGAAACAAAUUAGUUAUGUAAUAGAAUAAAACCAAAUAUGAUUGC